AUGCCUCCACGAAGAGAAACUCGAUUGCCCACAACAGAGACUGAGUUACAAGCACAGAUUUCACGAGCGAUAGUACAGCAUGAGGCCCUGCGCUCUGAACAUAGCGGGGGUACCUCAGGAAACAACCCACCUCAUGGUUGUACCUAUAAGCAGUUCUUAGACUGUAAGCCUCUGAAUUUCGACGAAACUGGGGGUGCUGUAGCUUUUGUCACCUACAUCUCGGGACUUUUUCUUGAUGGUGCUCUAUCCUGGUGGAAUCUCCAAGUUCAGACCUUGGGAGAAGAAGCUGCUUAUGCCAUGUCAUGGGAAGAAAUGAAGGAGCUCAUGCGAAAGAAGUACUGCUCAAGGGCCGAGAUCCAAAAGUUAGAGACUGAAUUUUGGAACCACAAGAUGGAUGGCCCAAAGAUUGCUGAAUACGUGCAGAGAUUUCACGACUUAUCUCGCGUCGUUCCUUACAUGGUUGAGCCGGAGUUCAAAGUUAGGAAAUUUGAAUCUUGUGGGAAGGUUGGCCAUUCGAAGGAGUCAUGUUGGGCUGGUACUGGUCGUGGUAACGGUGGUCAGAGAGAAUAUGGUAAUGGAAACAAUAACCGCAGUGGUAAUGGGUAUGGAAACCGCAAUCAAGGAGGAAAUGGCGGUAAUGGUAAUCGUGGUAAUUUUGGGAAUCAAGCUGGUAAUGUAAACCGUGGAGCAAACAACAAUCAAGGUGGUAAUGGAAAUGGAAAUGGUUGGCGACCAGGUUGUUUUAACUGUGGAGAUGUGGGGCACUUCAAGAGAGAAUGCCCAAAGCUCAAUCAAGCUCAAGGAAGGGUUUUCAACAUCGGAGCUAGGGAAGCUCGCUAG